CAAGUAUCAGUGAUCAGUGGGCCGGCAAUUAUCAUUUCAUCGUAGUCACCUGAGGAGACGGGUAGAAGCAUUAUGUCUACUAUAUUCAACACCCUUCCACUUCACGAAACCCUCAACCUCUACGUCUCUCCCGCUGCUUAUAUCUUCGAACCUGCUUCUGGUCUUUCUCAUCCUCAUGGUCACGACGGAUCUUCACUGAUCAACGAGAAAGAUGUCAGAGAGAGUUUAUAUGUGGACAGGAAAACAGGUCGUAUGACCUUGAAUCAAUCCGCAGACAUACCUUUUGGUCGUGACAAGGUCAUCACAUGUUACGGGAUCAUUGGGCUUUUGUCACUCGCCACUACCGACUUUCUCCUCAUCAUCACCUCUCGUACUCCUUCUUGUAGACUCCUGGGUGAACCCAUAUACCUCGCAACAGAUUUCCGUCUUCUACCUCUCUCCCCACUUUCCACCACAUCAACUAUCCUCGAUCACCCAAUCGAGAAAGAACUGAUCUCUCUUGUUGAACAAGGUCUCAGAUCCGGUAGAUUAUGGUUUUCAUACGGCCUUGACCUCACAAACUCUUUACAAAGGCAAAAGAGCUUGGAAGAGCAAGGCAAAGGACCAGGAAAUGUUCCCAUGUGGCAAAGAGCAGAUGACCGGUUUUUCUGGAACAAAUACCUAUUAAGUAGAAUGAUAGAAGCUACCGUUAAUGGAGAAUGCGAUUUGAGCCGAUUCAUCCUACCUGUGGUUUCUGGAUCUAUCGAGCUCAGAUCAGCCACUAUCAACCAUCGCGACUUACUUUUCCUCCUCAUUUCUCGCAGGUCUAGACAUCGAGCAGGUACGAGGUACUUCUCCAGAGGUAUAGACGUCAAUGGCAACACGUCAAAUUUCAACGAGACUGAACAGAUCGUACUUGUUGAUCCUUUGCCGGAAAAUGGGGAACCGAUUCGAAGAGGUAGAGUGGAUGGGAGAGAGAGAUUGAGUUUUGUUCAAACCAGAGGAAGUGCGCCUUUCUUUUGGGCGGAAAUCAAUAAUCUGCGAUAUAAACCUGAUUUGAUGGUUAUGGAUGUACCUGAGACAUUCAUGUCGAUAUUCAGGAAUGUAUGGGCAGAUCACGGAGAUACAGUAUCCAGGGCUUACGCAGGUACUGGUGCACUAAAAUCGGAUUACACACGUACGGGUCAAAGAAGCCGAGAGGGAAUGAUACAAGAUGGAUAUAACUCUAUCAUGCGAUAUGUAAGAAAUAACUUUUUCGAUGGGGAUAGACAAGAUGCUUUUGAUCUUUUGACUGGGGCGUGGGUGGCCAAGAGAGGAGGAAUACCACCUUUGAGCGAUACGAGACCUUUGGUCAUGCGUUCUAUGCCAUACAUAUUUGCAUUUGCGAUAACUAUGAUCAUUGCCGCUCUGUCCCUUCCACGUAGUUCUGACAUGUCGAUUUAUUCUUUCCUGCUUCUAUGGGUUUUUCUGGCGUUCGUGUCCGGUUCAUACAUCUGGGGUAAUGGUACUUCGUACGUCUCCUGGCCUCGUCUCAAUCCCCCUCUGGAAAUAUUGUCUUAUUCCGGUCCAGGUACUCGAGGAAAGGUACGCGGUCGUGGAUUGACGUUAUCGAGCAUGAUACCUAAACGUAGGACCGUUUCGAGGAAAGAUGAAUUGGAACUGGGUAAACGUAAGGGAGCUUUGAUCGAUUAAAGUUGGUAUAUGGGCAAAGUAUUUUUGUAGUUAUUAUACGAAGGAAAGUGAAUAUGCAUAUAAGAUACGAUACGUUCUC